AUGAGCAAAGACUUGCCCACGUCGCCGCGGCCACGGAAGGGGGGGGAGACAUAUCCGGUUCGAACCCUGUCUCCCAAGGAAUCAUCAGGAGAGGAUGUCGAGCUUGCCAAGCAACUGAUGGGACACGCCCAAGCAGCGGCAAGGGAACACCGUGCAUCGAGCCGAUACCGAUAUCCAGGAGAUAGCCCGUCGCCAGCCCACGAGCAGAGACCGACUUCCACGAGCCCGGCUGCGGAAAGAAUGAGCCAUAUGACACCGGCAUCUGCCACGGAAGAAGGCAGUCGUCAUAAAGAGCCGUCAUAUGCACCCAUUUCUUCUUCGGCGGUCGACGCGACCCCUGCCGGUCAAGUAUGCAGCAACUGCGGCACGAGCAGAACUCCACUAUGGCGACGGUCUCCCCAGGGGGCUACGAUUUGCAAUGCGUGCGGUCUCUACUUGAAAGCCCGGAACGCCUCCAGACCGCCGAACUUGAAGCGACCCCCGACCACCAUGGCGGCGUCGCCGGGUCAGGAAAUCCCCGAGCAGAGAAUCUCUCCGGCGAGAACAGGACCGAGUAGUAGUCAGGUCUCGACGGGAGCCGCCUACGUGACGACGGAUAAUACACCGGUCGGGUCUUGUCCCGGCGGGGGGAAGUGUAACGGGACCGGGGGAGCGCAAGGUUGCAGCGGCUGUCCCGCAUUCAACAAUCGGUUAUCCAAAAGCGCCCACGUCGCCGCCCCCCAGCCGUCUCCCGCCCCAACGCAACACAGCGAUGGCCCUUCGGACGCCCCGUCACCGAUCGAUGUCGCCGCUCUCAGCCUCCAGGGCCAAAAUGCGACGGUCGUGCUGGCGUGCCAGAACUGUGGAACCACCAUCACCCCGUUAUGGCGCAGGGACGAGAGCGGUCAUACGAUCUGCAACGCCUGUGGCAAGUAUCGCGCCUCCGGGAAGCACUCGCGCGUACCGGCUAACGAUGGUAUCAUAGGCUUGUAUCACAAACUUCACGGGGUCCACCGCCCGGUCACCAUGAAGAAAUCGACCAUCAAACGCCGGAAACGUGUGGUGCCUGCGUCACAGGGUGCGCCAGCGUCAGGAGCCGAUGCCACGGCUCCCACGGGGUCUCCCGAAUCAGAUAUCCCAUCUCCGGCCGAGGAGGCUCCCCGCGGGAGCAUCAACGCCGACGGCUCCGUCAACCUCGGUCUACGAUUACGCGACGCACCGGGUCGCUCACUCCUCCCGGAACCCGUCCCGUCGGGUCGCGGAGGACAGAAUGGAAUCCCAGAUGUGUCAGCAUAUCUAUCGCUGAACCCGCUUCAACAUGACCAUUCCGACGGCGUGUAUAGCGAGAACCGCCUCCCGCCCAUGACGUCGUAUCCUCCACCGGCCCACCAGCGCCCCUCCGUCUCCCCGAACUCCAAUUCCUUCCACCUGCUGUCCCUGAAACGCUCCUUCUCGACUGCGGAGAUGGAGCAGUUGGCGCCGAUGGAUGAUGCGAACGCGAGCGCCCAACCCCAACGGCUGAGUUCCAUCAAGAGUAUCCUGAAUCCUGGCUUUGAGGAGGGCGAGAGGGAGAUGAGGAAUCGGGGGGACAGUCGGAGUCCAAGUUUAGGGUACGGGAGUGGGAACGGGAGUGGGGGUGUGCACGAGGAGAGAAAGAAGUUUCGAUCAGUUUUGCACGUUGGCGCAAGGGAUAGACGUGAGUAA